AUGGAGCAAAAGCUGGAAGAGGACAGAGACAGACACAGAAAACCAGCAGAGGUCCAACAGCAAGCAGAGAAGCAGAAGGGAGGUGAUGCAAAUAUCCAACCCCAAAAUGAGCCAGCCCAAAUGAAAAAGUCUGAAAAACUGUUCCCUAACUCGGCCUUGUUCAAGACAUGGGGGGAAGAUCUCUCUGAGGAUGACCAAAGAGAGGCUCAGAGCCUGUAUGAGAAGUAUGGGUACAAUGUCUUUCUGAGCGAUCACCUCCCUCUGGAUCGGCCUCUUUCAGAUGCCAGAGAUCCUCGGUGUUUGAAAAAGAGUUACCCCAAGGACCUGCCAAGUCUCAGUGUGGUGCUCAUCUACCUGGAUGAAGCCCUGUCUGUUCUCCAAAGAACCCUGCGCAGCAUCAUCGACCGCACUCCUAAAAACCUGCUGAAGGAGAUAAUAAUGGUGGAUGACAAUAGUUCUAAUGAAAAUCUGAAGGCUGACCUUGACAUGUAUGUGAAGUCACUUGAGCAGGAGAACCCUAAUCUCUGUAUUUUGAAAGUGAGGCACAGUGAGCAGAGAGGUCUCGCUUAUGCCAGAGCGUCUGGGUGGAGGGCUGCUACUGCUGACGUGGUGGCCAUCCUGGACGCACACAUUGAAGUCCAUGAAAUGUGGGCUGAACCUCUGCUGACACAGAUUAAAGCUGACCGAACUGUGGUGGUUUCCCCGGUGUUUGAUAGAGUCAACUUUGAUGAUCUCAAGUGUAUUAAUCAUGAUCCCAGUGCACAUGCCUUCGACUGGGCUCUGUGGUGCAUGUAUGAGAGUUUUAUACCCGAGUAAUACAAACUUAAUGAUGGUUCACUGCCGGGGAAGAGUCCAUCUGUCAUGGGGAUCAUGGUUGCUGAUAGAAAGUUUCUGGGGGAAAUUGGAGCUCUUGAUGAAGGAAUGAAAGUGUAUGGUGGAGAAAAUGUUGAGCUGGGAAUUCGUGUAUGGACAUGUGGAGGCAGUGUUGAAGUUGUUCCAUGUUCCAAGAUCGCCCACAUCGAGAGGGCCCACAAGCCCUACAUGCCUGACUUGGGUCCUGCCAUGAAGAGAAAUGCCCUCAGAGUUGCAGAGAUCUGGAUGGAUGAAUACAAGCACAAUGUUAACUUGGCUUGGAACAUCCCAUUUGAGAAUCAUGGAAUUGACAUAGGUGACAUUUCAGAGAGGAAGAAACUCAGAGAAAGGCUGAACUGUAAACCUUUCAAAUGGUACCUGGAUAAUGUGUAUCCUAUGCUGGAUCCCUGGGACGACCUACUCGCAUAUGGAGGAAUGAAGAACCUUGUUGCUGACAUGUGCAUAGACCAAGGAGCAGUACCAGGUCACACACCUAUUGCCUACAAUUGCUACUACUAUGGACCUCAAGUAAGUGAAGCACAUAGUAAUUGUGUUGAGAAUCAUGAUUAUAAGGCAGUGCAGUCGUAAAGCUGUUAACGCCUACUGUAUCAUAUUUGAUACACAUUUUUAAUUUUUAGACACUUCUUUCAGAGUAAAUCCCCCAUGCUGCCGUCCCAAGAAAUCUAAACAAAUCACACAACACAAUUUUAAGCAAUAAAUUUAGAAUUUUCUGGCAGUUAUUUCAUGGUUCAAGCUUUAAAGAGUUAAAUUUGAGUAUUUUCAUCUCUAAGCUUGUCUCCAGUGCAGCUGGUAUUUUUGGAUCACACCCAGGAUGUCUCUUUCUAAACACAAGCAUUUGUGGAUCUACAAUUUCACCAUCAAAGCAAACAUCAACUCUGGCUUUACAGCGUCCAAGUUUUAUGGUGGUGCAUCAGCUCAGGGUUGCACUAUUAUCAGGUUUCAGACAAGAUCAGGGCCCAAACGCAAAACUUCCUGUUUACAGUGAAAGAUAAACAGUGACCUGCGGACAGGUCCCAAAUUCUGAUUCCUUCCAUUGCAAACUCCCGACUCCCGUGCAGUGUCCCCUUCUUGGUCC